CAGUGGCUCCGCAGCGUGCGGUCCUCCGGGAGCCAGAGCCAGAGUUCCUCCGUGCGACACGCAGCCCUCCUGCCGACACCAUGGUGCAGUGGACAGCUGAGGAGAAGCAGCUCAUCACCGGCCUCUGGGGCAAGGUCAACGUCGCCGAGUGCGGUGGCGAGGCCCUGGCCAGGCUGCUGAUCGUCUACCCCUGGACCCAGAGGUUCUUUGCCUCCUUCGGGAACCUGUCCGGUGCCACCGCCAUCGUCGGCAACCCCAAGGUGCAGGCCCAUGGCAAGAAGGUGCUGACCUCCUUUGGGGAGGCCGUCAAGAACCUGGAUGGCAUCAAGAACACCUUCUCCGCGCUGUCCGAGCUGCACUGCGACAAGCUGCACGUGGACCCCGAGAACUUCAGGCUCCUGGGUGACAUCCUGGUCGUCGUCCUGGCCGCCCACUUCGGCAAGGACUUCACUCCCGAGUGCCAGGCUGCCUGGCAGAAGCUGGUGCGUGUGGUUGCCCACGCCCUGGCCCGCAAGUACCACUGAGGAGCCGCGGCAGCGCGGCAGCGCCCGCUGCCCACCCGCUUCUAACAGCCAAAUAAAGCUCAUCCUGUGAACUCUG